GACACAUGCCCGCAGUAGCAUGCAGUCUACCUAACAGGGACUACAAAUAAGGCCGGCGACACACAACCUUGGUUUUACUGACAAUGGAGUCUAGGAAGACAGUCACUGAUUUUUAUCGUGGAGGCUCGCCUUCGACACCUUACUAUACAGCUCAUCCAUCUCCAACGGCCACUCCGGAGUCUCACUCUGACGAUGAGCAGCAGCCAAUAGCAGGUCCAUACAAGCUCACGCUAGACUUGCUGGUCUUCUCUCUGGACUCGAAUAAUGUUCUCCAGCUCUCCGAUGAGGAAGAAGAAGAAGAGCACUCAAAUUUGCGCUUAAACAUUAAUUUUAAUCUCUCAUUAGAUUUCAGUCAAGCUACGCUAGGACACUCUCAUCCGCCUUCACCAGCACCAACCGCAGACUUUAGCAUGAUCUCACCUCCAAGCAGUCCUUCCUAUAUUCAAUAUCAUUCUCAAUUCCUUUCAGCACAGCAAGGGCGAAACACCCUUCCUUUCUUCCGGACAUCUCCAACCCGCACUUCUACCCAUUUACGAAGUCACAGCAUAGCCUCGGGAGGCAGUACAAAACGCCGCGUACGUCCUAAUAUCACAAAGCUUUGGGAAAGCAUCUCUUCUCCAUCUCCUCGAGGCAGCAAGCCCUCACCUAUACUCAAACAUCCAUCGCCAACCCAUAGGCACUUUCCUAGGUCAUCCCCUAAUAUCUUGCGCGCAAAGCGCAAGACCAAACAUCCUUCAGUAUCAGGUGUCUUCUAUUGUGAAUCCAGGGUUCAGGGUAAUACCAAUGGAGAUGUCCACGUAGACUACAGUGCAUUAGACCCACUUGACGGUGAAGAAGGUGAACUCGUAGAUCACAAAGGUUAUUUUGAUGCAAUUCAAUGCGAUCUCACAGCGUCCCCAUCGUCAUAUACACGGUCCGCAUCACCCUCUCCCACCACCACCACCCCAACUUCAUCUCACCUCUGUCUCUUUCGAUCUCAAACUCCCUCCCAAGCCUACACCCUCUGCCCAACAUCAUACACAUCAGCCUCCACCUCUACGUUCACUUCUGCGCAAUACCUACCCCCCGCUAAAUUAUCCCUCCCCCUUCCCCCAGAACUCAUCCUACACAUUUUCUCCCUCCUCCCGAUGCGUUCAGUCUUAGCCUGUAUGCUCAUAUCUCACUCUUUCUACACCCUAGCCAAAGACACAAGUGUCUGGCUCAGUGUGUGGAGAGGAAGAGAAGGCCGUCCAAGAGUCCGAUCCCGCGCACCUUAUCAAAGCCCAUACAACCAUUCCUAUACACACAACUUUGCAUAUGGGCUCGGGUCUUCAGACUCCGAAGAUGUGGAGGGAGAUGGGCCUAGUGGCUGGGCUGUAGAUUGGGAUCGAGUCAAGGCAUUGCGGCACAGCGGACGCUCCAGGGGCAUUUUUAUAGAUGAAGAAAUUAAUGCUAACCGACCAUCGAUUUACAUCCCUUAUGCGGAUCUGAUCUUAAGAAGAGGCACGAAUUUAGGACCUCUCUGGCUUAACUGGCACACCCUCUACCGCUCUCAUGCCACACUCAAAAGGCGGUGCAUCUACUGCCUCGACUUUGACUCGCGAUGGAUCAUUACAGGAUCUAGGGACAGGACCAUCAAAGUGUGGUGUAUCCGCACUGGCAAGUGUCUUGCGACGUUUGAGGCUCACUUGGGGAGUGUGCUUUGUUUAAAGUUUGAAAAGGACUUUGAUGCAAAGCGAUCUUGCUCGCGCUGGUCUUUUUCUCGCGGGCCUAUUAAUAGUGAAGAAGAGGAGGGUGGUGCCAAUGAGGAUGCGAAUGAGGGGGAAGAGGAGGAAUCACAUGGAAUGAUGGUAUCCGGUUCUUCUGAUUGCACAGUACGCGUCUGGGACCUAUACGCAAAACAUUGUGGUUCGGGAAUAUGGGCUGAUGUACGUGCGAUUCUGCGUGGCCAUUCUGGGGGCGUAUUGGAUUUGAGGAUGGAUGAGAAUUGGAUCCCAUAUCUGAUCCUCCCGAUAUCACACGUCGUCAUCCAAACCGAUGCUAACGCCUUCCUUACUCAGCUCCAAAGACGCACUGAUCAACGCCAUGAAGGACCCGUGAACGCUAUCGGACUCGAAGGCGGGAGAGUAGUGAGUGCCAGUGGGGAUGGUCGAAUGAUGUUGUGGGAUGCUGCUAGUGGGAGAUGUGAACGGGUGUUUGAGGGGCAUGAGAGGGGGUUGGCUUGUAUUUACGGUUCAAAUGACUGCACUAUCAAGCUCUGGCGCGCAUCUACAGGAGAGUGUCUGCACACUUUUGCUGGUCAUACGUUGUUGGUCCGCGCAUUGUGUUUUGAUCCGAAGACUGGGUAUGUGGUUAGUGUGAGUUAUGAUAGGAGUGUUAGGGUUUGGGAGUGGAGGGAACCUGCUGUAGAUGUUGAUUCUUUCAUUUUGCACUCUUCUUCCUCAUCAAACUCUUCCUCGUUGUCAUUCCACUCGACACACACCAGUACUUCAACACAUACCAGCAACUCAACACAUGCCAGAACCUCGAUCUACGCAUCCGACACAGACGGAGCAAGCAUAGUAGGCGUCGCGGACGGCGUCGUCAGGUAUAGAAAUUCAGGUAUGAGCGAGAAGAGGGGUGUUGGGAAGUUGGUGAGAGAGUUUAGGGAUUUGCAUGUGAGCCAUAUUUUUGAUGUUAAGUUUGAUGUGGGGAGGAUCAUUAGACUGACUACCAUUGGUUGCUCUUGA